GCCCGGGGCAGCGGGACCGGGACGGGACCGGAGCGGGGGGACACGGGACCCUGGGACAAGGGACCCUGGCCGGCUGCGGCCCCGCGCGGACCUGAACCUCCUCCUGCUUCUGGAGUUGCUCGUGCGGGCGCUGGUGGGGCGGGGAGCGGAGCGUGGGAGCCGUGCCCGCUGGUGUAGCCCCCGCCCGGCUUCGUGCUCCGCACGGGAAUGAGAUCGGGGAGCGCUGCCCGCUGACCUCUUGGCUUGCUGCUGGAACCGUCAAGGGGGGAAAAUGAAACAGGAGUUUUAGACUUUGAGGACUCAUUAUGGAAGACUCAGAAGGACAUCACUUCAGCUCAGUGGAAGAGGAAACCAGAUACUGGAAGGAGUUGGCUAUGAAAUACAAGCAGUGUGCUGAGAAUACCCAGGAGGAAUUGCGUGAAUUCCAAGAGGGGAGCAGAGAGUAUGAGGCUGAACUGGAGACUCAGCUGCAGCAAACAGAGUCCAGGAACAGAGACCUCCUGUCAGAAAACAACCGCCUGCGGAUGGAGCUGGAGUCAGUGAAGGAAAAGAUUGAAAUGCAGCAUUCAGAAGGAUACAGGCAAAUCUCUGCGCUGGAAGAUGACUUGGCACAGACAAGAGCUAUUAAAGAGCAGCUUCAGAAAUACAUUCGAGAACUGGAGCAAGAAAAUGAUGAUUUGGAAAGAGCAAAAAGAGCCACUAUAAUGUCCCUGGAGGAUUUUGAACAGCGUUUAAACCAGGCUAUUGAAAGAAAUGCUUUUCUGGAGAGUGAGCUGGAUGAGAAGGAAAACCUUCUGGAGUCUGUGCAGCGCCUGAAAGAUGAAGCUAGAGAUUUACGACAAGAGCUUGCAGUGCAGCAGAAACAGGAGAAGCCCAAAACACCAAUGAGAGCUCCCCUGGAAGCAGAAAGGACAGACACUGCAGUUCAGGCCUCCUUAUCUGUGCCCUCAACACCUGCAAUGCGCCGGACACCCAUCAGCCUUCCCACCCCUGGCACCUUCAGGAGAGGCCUUGAGGACAGUUAUGGUGCAACCCCUCUCACACCAGCUGCAAGAAUAUCUGCACUUAAUAUUGUGGGAGACUUGCUGCGAAAAGUGGGGGCUUUGGAGUCCAAGCUUGCAUCUUGCCGAAACUUUGUGUAUGAGCAGUCUCCAAACAGACCUUCAGUGUCCAUGUACAUGAACAGAGAUGUCCUUGAAACACGCCUGAGUCCUCAUCAGCCUCUGUGUGAUACAGGGUUGGUGAAACGCCUGGAGUUUGGAACACGGCCUUCACACCUUCCAGGACCUGUGAGCCAUCCCUCACAAAGUGUUGUCAAGAUGCUGCUGUGAAAAGCCUGGCUGGCUUUGGGAAAGAAGAAGAAAUGUGUAUUUCAAACUUUAGUUUUAAAGAGAGUAUCAGUGAGCAAGCAGACAGCAGUGUCAGGGUAGGUGAGAACUGAACAAGCAGUCACAGUUGGUAGUGGCUUCCAGUGUGGCCUCUGGGCAAGUUCUGUGGGUGACAAGGUGUGACAAAGCAAUGCUGACUUUGUCAGUGGAGGACUGGGAAUUGCUUCCUGCAUCAGCUACAGUGAAUAGCUCCUUGAAGGUUGCUUCUUUUGACACUACCAAAGCAAUUGUCCUGCCUGCAACACAGCAAUAUUCACUAUGCAGCUCCUCAGGCUUUGGCUUUUGGUGUUAAUACACCAGCAGUUCUGGCUGGAAUUCUGCUUUCUACCAUGGGUGUUGUGUGCUGCAGUCACCCAAAUUAAAGAGCUGUUUUUAUGUGGUGAAAGGUGUAUCUCUGCAGGGAAGCUGCUCAGCUCCCCAUGGGGUGUUUGCUGACCAGAAUGUUGCUGCACAAAAACCUGCCUCUGUAGUGGCAAGAUGUUUCUGUAAGCAAUGAUUUCUCAUUCAGAACAGGUCAUGGUUAAAGGUGAGAUAUGUCUAGUGCUGAGAGUGCUCAGGAGAUCCCAGAGCUAAUAGCAUGUAGACUUUUUUUUUUUUAAAUCCCAUAGUGGCUUAUAAAGCCUGGUGGUUGUAGGAGGCCAAACCUGAUCAAGUUUCUACUUCUAACAUCUUGAUAGGUGGGUUUUACUGCUUUACAAACCUCCCUUCACUAAGGUGCCUUGGGUGUUACUGUUUUGUUUUUUUUUUAAUUUUUCUAUAUGAAUAUAUCAGCUGUAACUAAUUUAGAAAUGCUUUUUUAACCUGAAAAGCCCUUCAUGCUAGAGAACUGUAUAUGAGUAGAGAGUGUUUUUUAAAAAUAAUUUUCCCCUUAUAGAAUGUUACUACAUUUGUUUUUUAAAUGGAGUAAAUUCAUUCCCAGUGUUAAUGUAUUUUAUGGAAGCCUGUACUUGCUAAACUAAUCAUGACUAAACAAUUUUUAUGUUUUUUUUUUUUUUUUGUGGCAGGGGAUGGGGAGAGCUUACUUGAUGAAAUAAUACAUAAAUGGGUUUGAUGUUUUUGUUUUGGUUUUUUUAAGGAAGUGCUGUGAAAACAGCCACUGAGGCAUCUAUUUCUCUAGAAUAUGUAAAGCACAGGUGAUUCCCAUUUCUCAGUCCACCUAUGAAGUUGGUUAAAAUGGGGAGCAGAAUAAAGCUUAUUUUGAAUGCGAGUUGUUGAUGCAUUUUGAGUUUUUGGGCAAGUUAUUACUGUGGUUUAUACAUGUUCAAUUUGCUGGAUCUGCUCCAAGCAUUGGUGCUUAAGACCAUUUAAUACUAAGUCUGACUUGCUUGUCUUCUUGUUCCCACACAUGCACACAACCUGUGUUGACCACCAGCUCUUGAGCAUCUUUACAGCUCUGUGCCUGAUCAAGCAAUGAUCAAAUCUUAUCCAGUACCUCCUAACCCCUCUCUGCUCAGCUUGUCAUCUUAAUUGCUCUAAAUGGAUUCUUUCUUUACUCUUUCAUGAGAAGAGAGAAUUCUCUGGGCUCUGGUUCUGCUGGCUGAAUGGUGCCAAGUCUGAAUCCCCAGUUUGUGAUCUCUGCACUUGUGAAACAAUGCUUAGAUUUAGAAGAUGAUUGCUUUAGCUGUCAAGGUGGAUGUUUGUGCAUGAUUUGCUCUCCCUGUAGUCACACUGCUUAAGGUUCACUUGCUGUUCAAUCAAAGGCAUCAAGUAAGCUCUCUGCACUGGAUUUAGAGUGAUUUUACGUCCUGCUUUGCUGUGCAUGGCUCCCUACUGCCCCUGUGUGACCACAGAGCUGCUGCUGUCUGAAAGUGCUUGAGCUGCAAGGGUUUGUGGUAGGUCCUGGUAGCUCCCAAGAGUAGGUUGUGGUCUUGCUGGAGUGCUCCAAAAAUAAAAAGUAACUGCAUGCUGAUCCCUUAGUGCAGAAUAGCUUGGCUUGGAUCCCUGCAUUCAGUGUGGGCUGCUGUUUCUAAUGGUUUCAGCCUGCUCUAGAGGCUUGGCUGGAAAUACUUCUGCACAUAACACACAUCAGAGGCUGGCUUCAUGGUCCACAGACAGACAGGUAGGGCCCCCACUGCUUUCCAGCUCCUGCACGUGAGGGCUGUGAGUCUCUGCAGGUCCUGUGCCUGUCAGCCCUUGGAUGCAUCCCAGGGCACCUCAGCACUGUGUGUCCCUGAGGGAAUCAAACCUGUUCCCUGUGGUUAUGCUGUUUCACUUCCACCUCUGACUUUUUUGUAUUUC